AUGUCUAUCCUCAAGAGCCGUUUCCUAUUGCUGCUUGUGCUUGUUGUCUUGUCUGUCUCUGUGGAGGGCACUCGUGGUCAGAGGCGCAUUCGCGGCAUGACAUCGCGAGCACUGAAGAGCUCAAUGUCCAUGAGCAGCAUGACCAUGAGCAGUAUGAGCACCAUGAGCAGUAAGAGCACCAUGUCCAGCAGCAUGAGCAUGACCAAGAAGAGCAUGAGCACAAGUAUGUCAAUGUCAAUGACAAGUAAGAGUACUAUGAGUUCCAUGUCAAUGUCGUCGAUGAGCAUGUCAAGCAUGAGCAUGUCGAGGGUAUAA